CCAAGGAACAUAUAUAUAUAUAUAUAUGCACAACUCUUGAAGUGGAAGCUCAUAACAUAUAGAACACACAAACAUUGACACAAAAAAACCUUGAAUUACUUUAACUAACUCAUCAUUCAAGAAAAAACCAAGCAUGGAUUGGUUCUCAUGGCUUUCAAAAGCAGGCCUUGAUCCUUCCCUAGUAUAUGAAUACGGACUCCUCUUUUCACACAACGAGCUUGAAGAAGAAGACAUCAAGUACUUCAACCACGAGUUCCUCCAGAGCAUGGGGAUCUCCAUAGCCAAGCACAGGCUGGAGAUCCUCAAGCUCGUUCAUCGGAACAAGGCCGCCACCGCGGCUACCACGAAGAAGUACAUCAAAACCAAUAAUUACCCUACGAUACUCCAUGUUUCAAGGAUCAUGCAUGCAUUCAAGAAGACAAGAAGGUGCUUGUCAAGUUACUUGAAAACAAUGAUUGGUUGCGAGGACUCCACGCUCGCCGUGGUUCCAAUACCAAGGCCUUGUUCUUCGUAUGGAACCACGGCGAAGUGGAAGAGCGCCGUGUUGAAGAGGAACAACACCAAGAAUCAAAAGAAUUAUCUUCAUCAUCAUCAUCACCAAGAGAGGCUGUUGCUUACAAAUGGAAGCCCUAUAACAUCAUCAACAAUGGUGGUUCCUGCAUUGCCUGCUCCUGAUGGAUUCUAUAGUAGUCCCAUGGUUUACCAUUUCCAGAAGGAAGAGAAGAUGGACGCCGGCGACGACGACGACGGAUAUUGGUCUUCUGCGGUUCAAGAUUUCAGGUGGGAUAGUAUGUUCCAAGAUCUAAAGCCUAACUGAAUUUUCGGUACGAAUUUAAUUUUAAUGCAUUGACAGCGUAAAAUAAUUUUACACAGACUGAUUGGUUGAUGUCUGUGUAAAAUUUGUUUACUAUGAAAGUGCGUAAAUUAAAAAUACUUUUUCUUUAGAGGUAAAUCAAACGUUUAUCCCUAUAUUUCUAAAUUUAUUGGUGAGAGAUGAGUUUUUUGUGUUCUUCCACCAUAGAGAUUUGAAUCUGGUUUUCUUUUUUUUCUUUUAAAAGAGAUUUGUUGAUCUUUUAUUAUUAGUAUUCAUUUUAGUGGUGUGUCACGCGGAUAGGUAACUUUAGCACCUGUCUGUUUCAGUCAUGAGAGUGUUUUUCACUUUCUUGCUUUUCUUUGUUUCAACUUUAAUUUCCCCUUUUCUUUUCCUCUUGUUUUUUUAUAAUUUUUUUUUAAACUUUGAUAGGGGAAAAUUUGCAUUAGAUUAGCGUAUGUUCCGGGAGAGAAUGAUUGAGAUAGAUGUAAUAGUUUAGGGUUUGAAGUCCAAACUUUUGGGCUAUUGAAUAUGAUGGACUUUUUUUUUUGGUGACUAUAUGAUGGACUUUGGUAUAUGCAUUGUAUUAUCUUAUGGUUGAUAAUAUAAAUUAACAGAGUAGUAAUGUAUAUUUUGAUGA